CAAACAGCAGACAGGAACAAAAUGCUGCGUCUGCUAGGAAAGAUGCCAAAAGGUGUUUUUACCUUCAUUCGCCUUUUUGUGCUCUUACUCGGUUUCACCUUUAUCUGUCUGGGAGUCCUUUGCGUUUCCACAAGUUCCUCCACAUGCAGAUGUGGAAGUAAUGAACUGGUGUUUUAUUGCCUGUUAGCUUUGGGGUUCUUUCUCCUUGUGACUGGCAUUUUCUGGAGCACUUUCCAUGAAGUCUUGAAAUACAGGGGCUUCAGCAGCAUGUUCAAUAGAAAUCCCAGCUGUAGAGAGCUACCUAUCAGCACCAUAGACAGGCCUGACUUCUAUCCCCCCUCCUACGAAGACAGCACAGAUCCUGAAAAACAGACCUUUCCACUGCCAUUUGCCUCCAUACUAAAACAGCAACAAGUCAUCAAUAUCCCUCCACCUCUGUAUAGCGAAAGCAGUGCAGAGUUAAACCGUGAAACUAAUGAGCAUGAACAGCCACCACCGUAUGAAUUCCUUAUGUGGCAGCUACUGCAGCAGCAAACAGCUGACCAAGACUCAAAUGCCAGAGUGGAGUCAAAUUCUCACCCAUCCGCACAAGAAAAUAGUUACCAACUGGAUACAGACUGCCAGGGGACCUCAGGAAGAGCAAUGCCUGUCAGAACAUCCGAGACAGGCAGUGGGUAAAAUCCUGCAUCUGUGAAGCAGGGAAAAUUGGAAGAAGACGUGUGUCAGUGAUCCCUAAUAGUAAUCCACUUAGGGUUAAACUGCACAAGAAAAGCAUUGACCAUUUGUGUGUUUGAGUGGAGUUGGAGGGGAUAUAUAUAAAUGUACUCAGUAUUUCAAAGCAGAACGAAUCUCCAUAGAAAUAGAGACGAUCAGGUUGUAUCUUAUAAUAGUCAACAUCACUGGUCAUAGGAGUUUCUUAUGCUGCAAGAAAAAUAAUGCAUCAUGCUGUUAUCAAUCUUAAAUGUGCCUCACAGGGAUUUAUGGCUGAAAGUCCUCGUUUGUUGUUUUUUAACAUUAGCUGACUUGGGAAACCUAUUAACUCAGCUUUUGUUUGGAAUUUGUAAAUUAUUUGUUGUAACUGAUUAUUUUUGUAUCAUAUGACUUUCUUUUGUUUAUUUUGGGGUACUAACAGCUGGUAUUUUACUAUUGAAUUCAGGAAUAAAUUUUGUAUUUAAAACAAAUGGCAUGUAUUUUAUUAUAUGAUACAAGGUGCCCAUGA